AUGGAAUCUACCAGAGUCGGCAGCGUAUUUCUAGGCGACAUUCAGCGCCAUCGGCAUCUCUCGACUUCAACGCGCGCAAGCACCCCGCCAUCUUCUCCACCACCCACCACCACCACCUCUAUCUUCUCCUCCUUACACCCGCACCAUACCAUCGCCUCACCUGCUUCCUCUAGCUUUACCGACAUCGAUAUCGACAUGGAUCCUUCAGAAUCACCUGGGAAGACGGGAGAGGCUGUCCAGAAGAAGCAGCCGUUGGCUGGGAUACAGGAGGGUGGAGGAGGACUUGAGACGCGUCAUGGGCCGGGCAAAGUCGACCCUAUGCUUGCGCUGGAGCUUAGGUUACGGUGGUUGGAGGCGUUGAUUCUUGGAGUCAAACAGGAUUUAGGGAAGGACAGGAAGGGGAAGGGGAAGGAGGAAUAUGCUGUAGGCGGGAGCACGUCUGCUACUGGCGCCGCUGCCACUCACCUCAAGCCAGGUGAAACCCUGGUACGAUUGGCGGAGACUGUGCAGCAGAAACUAGAUAAGUUUGUGGAAGGGAACGAGGGCUUGAAGCGGUUUAUGAAUACUUACGACCAACAUGCGCACCUAUUAACACCCUCAUUCGCAUUGUCUGGAAUACUCCAAGAGCCGCCAACGUAUGACAAGAUGUCGCCAGAAGAGAUAAACGCCUUUUUGGCGGAAAUGGAGCCAGACAUUCGUGCUGCCGACCGUGAUAUGCUCGAGAUUGAAGCCCUUGAGAAGAAGGGGAUUCUUGGAGCAGGCAAGCUGGCAGAAUACGAGAAGCUGAAGCCUCGGCUAGAACAGCUAUUGAAAGCACAGCAGGAGGAUGCCGAACUAGCAACAUCUCUGGAGGGUCGAAUAGCAUCCCUCAUGGAACGGCACGCGACAUACGCUGAUACAUUGUCCGAACUCUUCGUUGCUUGGGACGAUGCUGUUACGGAAGCUGAGGACAAACUGUCUCGCAUGGAACGGGAGCGUACAGAAAGGAAGCGCCUCGGAUUGGCUUAA